AUGACAGAACCAAAAGUCACUAGAGGACAUUCAUGCGUUCCUUGUCAGCACCGGAAAAUCAGAUGCAACGGCCAAACACCAUGCGCAUAUUGCGUUAAAACGGGUAAAGACUGUGUACGCAUCCGAUUAUCACCAACUCACACCCGUAAUGCACGGUUGAAUCAGCGGCGCCUUGUGCCUGAACAGUCGCAGUCCGAGAGUCUUGAUCGUGAUGGGCAGGUCAUCGUCAGUGGAGACCAGCGUCGUUAUGUUGAAGACAAUAAGCUAUGGAAGUCCCUAGGCAAUGAGAUGGAAGGCAGAGACCUCAGUCCAGACCCGGAGCGUCCCGCCCGACGAGCAAGAACUGGCACGCCGUCAACCGAGAGAAACCUCAUCUUUGGCCACCAAAAAUCAACUUCUGCUUCGUUGGAGUACCCAUCAGCUGUGCACUCAUUUCAACUGUGGCAAGUCUUCCUCAGCAACGUCCAUCCUCUGACCAAGAUCCUCCAUGGCCCGACAGUUCAAAAGGACAUUCUCGAAACGUUUUCUACCCCAUCUUCGACCACAGGCCCUAUGGGAGCUCUUAUCUUUGCCAUAUACCUCGUUGCUGUAGUUUCCCUGACGGAUAAGGAAUGCCGCAGUAUGUUUAGCACGCCAAGGGAGGUCUUGCUCGCUAGGUACUGCGAUGCGACCGAAGUUGCCUUGAGCAAAGCCGACUUUCUCAGGUCUACAGAUUUAAGGGUUCUUCAAGGCUUCACUCUCCACCUGCUAUCGCUACGUCAUAUCUGUGACCAUGAUAUCCUAUGGUUGUUGACAGGACUUGCAACCCGCAUGGGCCAAAGGAUGGGUCUCCAUCGUGAAAGUUCGCUCAAAGACCUACCACCUUUUGAAGCCGAGCUACGCCGUCGAGUAUGGUGGCAGAUAGUCAUCCUAGAUGGCCGAGCUUCACAACUCACAGGUGCAUCCAUGAACCCGGACAUGCAACUCUGUGGAGACACGCGACAGCCAGUCAACCUGAGCGACGCUGACCUCGUGCCGUCAGCAAGUAUAUUGCCACUUUCAUCGCCCUCUACCACUGACAUGGUGUUCUGCAAAGUCCGCAUUGAAAUUGGUGUGUGGAUGAUAACGCAAAGGUGUCUACUGGACUCCAGCUCUGGAACAUCAGCGGCGGGCCAGGCCAAGUUUUUCAAGGCCAUCAACGAGCUAGAGCGUCACAUUGAGGAAGAGUACCUCAGCAAAAUGGAUAAAGAGUUUCCACUCAACAUCCUAACAGCGUAUCUCGCUCGAUCUGCUAUUUGCCAACUACGCCUCUCAGUAUAUCAUCCUAAUCAUCGCCGAGAAAAGACCUCUGAUCUCAGUGCAGAACAAAUCAACAUCCUGCUAGAAAACAGUAUGGAGGUAAUACACUACGAUAUUUUAUCGCAUUCAAGUCCUGUGCUGCAAAAGUAUCUAUGGCAUAUUUCUAAUUUCUUCCCAUUCGAGACUUUUAUUCUUCUCAUUAGCACUUUAUCUGCUCGCACAGCAGGUCAAAUUGUCGACUCGGCGUGGGAUGUGAUCAAUCAAGUGUAUGAGCACCACCCAUUCUUCAUCUCUGAUACUGGAGAUCCUCUAUACUGGGCUCUAGGCAACAUUACCCUUAGAGCUUGGGAUCAAAGAGUUGCAAAUGCCAGGGCAGAGGUAUCUCCAGUUCCUCAGGAGUUGCCAUGCAUAACCAACCUUGUUCAGACGCGAGCGGCGCUAGCGAGUGAAGCCUCCCGGCAGGUUCCAACGACUCAAGACGCCGUUGGGCCAGCUACACCACAGAGCUUGCCACAGAUAAACGAGGUGUCCGUUGGUGGUCCGAGUGAGUUGGGCGCGAUGGACCGGCCAGUUUCACAGACAUAUUCAGGCAUGACGACUGGGGAAGAUUUCUUAGGCAUAAUGGCGGGGGUUGAUAUGGAUUGGGACUUUUGGCAACAAUUGUUGGAUGGGAAUGCAAAUGACGUUCGCGGGAGGGAUGAUCAAGAAACAUUCAAUUUUUCUUCUUUUGUCAACAAGACAUAA